GAUGUCACUCUGGUGGAGGAGGAAGGGGGUGUAGAGAUAGGUGGGGUGUUGACUCUGAAGUGUGUGUGUGUGUGUGUGUGAUUGAAGUGCGGUGGCAGGCGAUUUGCUCUGGAGGGGAGGAAUGAAGGAGGGGCCGACAAGGCUUUGGCUGCCCCACUAGCACACACAUCCACUCACUCCCACACACUCACAGGGAUCAGAGACACUCCAGAUAGAGACGUCACCUCUCUGCCCUCCUCAUUUGCUCUUUGGACCUCAACAAUUUUUUUGGAAUCACUUUAAAUGAGCUGUGCGGAGUGAAGUGAAAGUUGUGUCUUCUCAGACUUCCCCCCUCAAAGCUGACGUUGCCUUUAAAAAAAAAAAAAAAAAAGCCUGAGCCGUUGGGGGAAUACUUCCUGGCUGAUCUGGAUCUGAUUAGGAGCGUGGAUCCGUUGAGCUUGAUGCUGCUGCAGACAUGUAGCCAGAGAGCGGGAGCAACUGUGUAACCAGAGGGCGGAUUGUGGACGUGAAUGAGAGCUUUAUGCGAAAAGUGGAAAGAGAGAUGCUUUUUCUGGAGCACCCGUGUGUGAUGAACCUGGAGCGCAGCGAAAGAGGGGAGCGCCCUUCUCCUCGAGGCCCGGACAUGGAGCCUCGUACUGGGGGAAAGAUGGGGAAGAUCUCCGUGGGCUUCCAGAGGAGCUCCACCUCGGACGACGACUCCGGAUGUGCGUUGGAGGAGUAUGCGUGGGUGCCACCGGGAGUCAGGCCUGAGCAGGUCCAGAUGUAUUUCUCCUGUCUGCCAGAGGAAAAGGUGCCGUACGUCAACAGCCCCGGAGAGAAACACCGGAUCCGACAGCUCCUCUACCAGCUGCCGCCGCAUGACAACGAGGUGCGUUACUGCCACUCUCUGACAGAGGAGGAAAAGAGGGAGAUCCACAUGUUCAGUGCCCAGAGGAAGAGGGAGGCACUGGGGAGAGGAACACCCAAGAUCCUGCCCCGAGCUCUGCACCACACCCGCUGUGAAAGUUGUGGCGGAGGCAUCAAUGGAGGGGAGAUGGCGAUUUUUGCCUCCAGAGCAGGGCCGGGCCCCUGCUGGCACCCAGCAUGCUUUGUGUGUGGCACGUGUCAAGAGUUGCUGGUGGAUCUGAUAUAUUUCUACCAAAAUGGCAAGAUCCUAUGCGGACGACACCAUGCUGAGCUUCUCAAACCACGGUGCUCUUCUUGUGACGAGAUUAUCUUUUCGGAUGAGUGCACUGAAGCAGAGGGUCGUCACUGGCACAUGAAACACUUUGCUUGUUUCGAGUGCGAGACGAUGCUAGGGGGGCAGCGCUACAUCAUGAAAGAUGGCCGGCCCUACUGUACUUGCUGCUUUGAGUCACUGUAUGCAGAGUACUGCGAGGCCUGUGGUGAAAACAUUGGUGUUGACCAUGCCCAGAUGACCUAUGAAGGUGUGCACUGGCAUGCCGCAGACCAGUGCUUCUGUUGCGCCCAGUGCAAGACAUCCUUGCUGGGCUGUCCCUUCCUACCAAAGCAGGGUCGCAUCUAUUGCUCAAAGGCCUGCAGCCAGGGGGAAGAUAUUCAUGCCUCCGACUCGUCCGAUUCGGCCUUCCAGUCUGCCCGCUCACGUGAAUCACGGCGCAGUGUUCGCAUGGGGAAGAGCAGCAGGCCUGGCGAACAGUGGAGACAGUCGCAGCUGUUCAACCCCCCCGCCGCCGUCCCCUCAUUUGAGUAUAAGUUUGGAGACGGAGAGGGUGAUGGGGAUGCUGAUUGCGACAUUGGCAUCGUAGGGCGCAAGCUGGCCCGUCUAGGCCUGGAAGAGGAGAGGUUCUGGAGGGAGCGGGAUGAGCAGGAUGCUGGUGGAGAGGAGGAUCCAGAGGAGUGGGCCCAGCAUGAGGACUAUAUGACUCAGCUCCUUCUCAAGUUUGGUGACCGCGGGAUGUUGCAUCAACUUCAGCAGCCAGCCCUAAAAUCUCCCAGCCCUAGCAGUGACAGAGGCAGGCUAAUGAGUGUCUCUGACCCCUGGCUAAAGCCUGAUACUACAUCUAUGGGGGUUACCGCCUCCUCUCCCUCCCCUGCCAGUCCCACCCAGAGCCAGACUUCCAAUCAAUCCCGAGCCAACAGCCUUAGCCCUGGACUGAUGAGCAAGAAGCACCUGCCUGAAAUGUACUGGGCCCAGUCCCAGGACGGGUUGGGCGACUCAGCCUAUGGGAGUCAUCCAGGUCCUGCCAGUGCCAGAAAGAUCCAAGAGCUGGAGUUAGACCAGGAUCAGGACCAAUCUGGGACAGGAAGUCGGGCCUUCUGGCCAGACAGCAGGCAGUGGUAUGACGAUUCCCUUGAGUGUAUCGCUGAUGAGCUGAGGAAAGCCGACCAGGGUGCUGGAGACUCCAUGGACUCCCUGGCGCUCUCAAACAUCACUGGUGCAUCAGUGGAUGGAGAUGGCAGGGAUAGACCAAUAGUCUACACCCUUGCCAUACCUUGCCAGGAUCCCUCGGUGGCAGAUGACUGCGAGAAGAUGAGCAACAUGGGGACCUUUAAUUCAUCUCAUCUUCACCACAGUGCCAACUCUCUCAACCUUAACAUGGAGAAGGGAGACGAGGAGGUAGCAAUGGCAAUGAGAGGAGGCCCAGCAGGAGGACACCUCUCAUUGUCCCCAAAUUCGGAAGGCCUCCCUUCGUCCUUUGUCCAUGCCCCAGCUCUGAGGAGGAGCAAGUCCCAGUCCAGGCCUCCACAGAUGGUCAAGUUCUCAGAAGACACUGUGGACAAUGGAUAUAAUGAUGGAUUUGAUGUCAAUAUUAGAAGGCAUCCCAUGAGUGAGAGGCCACAGCGGAGGGCGUACUGCCCAGAUGAGAUGGGCCGAGACAGAAGCCGCCCAACAAGCCACCAUGGGCGCAGCAGGCAACACCACCACCGGCAAGGCCGGCCCCACAGAAGCCGCAAAACCCGCUCGGACAACAACCUUCACAUGGUGCCUUUGGAGAAAGCACAGAGGCCGUAUGAGCCCCAGCAGCAGGGUCUGGUAAACCCUCCUUGUGGUGCCAUGCUCCAUCCUGCACACAGGCUGGCCUACUCCCAAACCCGAUCUGACUAUAUGCUUCAGGGCUCAGCUCAAGGAGACCCAAGAGUCGAGCAUUUCAUGGGUCUCUACAGAGACGAGGAUGACUGUUGCUCUACUUGCUCUUCCUCAUCAUCGGACUCUGAGGAGGAGGGCUAUUUCCUGGGCCAGCCAAUCCCUCAGCCUCGAGCGGCUGGGCGCUACUACGCCGAGGACUACCCUACAAGGGUUACAGCCCUCUCUCCACAGAGCCAUGGCUCACAGACUGGUCGCAGAAAGAGCCACCGCUCCAAAAACUGUAUCAUCUCUUAACAGCUCAGAGUGCAUUUAAAUUAGAAGCUGCGCCACACCAAGCAAUAAAGUCAGAUUUUCUGAUCAUAUGAUGGUUUUUGCGGAUCAAAUUUGGGUGUAGAGGCAGUUCCCAUGUGCACAGACAGCGUAUUAUGCCCCAACAGAAUGUGCAUGGCCAAAUGUCAAGAUGCAUAUCAAAUUUUAAGCCCAAAUCUACUGAAAGAAGAAAUCAAUCCAAACUGUUAAGACAUCUGUGUAAAUUAUAGUCAGAAAAUCUGUUUUUGUGUAUGAAAAUUUGGCCUAUAUACUGGGUCUUAUUGAAUUUUAGCACUAAAGUGAUGCAUGUAAUGGUACAAUUUGGAAGCCUCUUUCUUUAGACCAGAAUGCAGAGUAGGCAGAGUGGCGACAUUAAACUUUUUCUUUCAUUUCAGCAUUUGCCAUUAAGUUUUUUCUUUUUUUUUAAUGUUCAGUUAAACGUUUUGCAGCAAUAUCUGUGUGUGCAUUACACAUUGUACACAGAGGUUGAUAAAGUAGAAAAUGGAAACAAACCAAAUACUUAUUUAAUGCAUAAUAGUAAAAAAUGAUAAUGUAUAUAUUAAGUUAAGAUUUUAAUACUGGUAUUUUUAUAUCCGUGGUUUAAAGAAUUUUCUUUUGAAGUGUAUGAAAAAAUAGCAGUCGUUAUGGUAAACAAACAGACCUCGUUAAUAUUUUAUGAGAAACAAAAGAAGGUGCCACUUCAUAAACUGUGUUCUUCACAGUUAAGUGCCAUGUUACUCUGUAACAAUGUCUUAUUAUUAUAACAUAUAUUCCGCAACGCUCACUAUUGGUGUACAAAAGAUGAAACGAAUGGCAGUAACACCUGCUUUUUUUCCAUAUUCAGCUGAACUGUUCACUACCCUUGCUCUGACAUAACCAGCUAAAUGCUUUAUGAUGUAAAGACGCUUGUAAUAAAUAUUUUUUUCUCCUCUCAAA